AUGAAAAAAGGACGCAGAAAAAUUAUUCAAAUUAUAAUAUUUUAUUACAAAUGUGAGCUAUAUGUAUCAAAUUAUGAUAAUGAUCCGGAUUUGGAAUCUGUGGAGGAAAAUUUUGAUAUCCAAACCUCACAACGUUUUGAAGAAUACGACGAACGUAUGAAAGAGAAACAACAAAAAUGUAAAGAACAAUGUGAGAAAGAUAUACAAAAAAUUAUUUUAAAAGACCAAAUCGAAAAAUCAUUAACAGAAAAAGUGGAAAAAGAUUAUCUUAAGUGUGGGUGUGGGUUACGAGGUGUUGCAGUAAGUGUUGGAAUAAUUGGUCCAGUUGCUGUAAAUGAGUGGACAAAAACUGCUACGGCUAUGGCUAUUGAUUUCGCUAUUCAGGAGUGUAUAAAAGAAGGUAUACAAGUAGUAAUAGAAAGAAUAAAAUUGUUUGAUUUUAUUAGUAGUUAUUUGACAGUUGAUUGGGAAAUGUUCAUUAAUGGAUCAAAUUAUAAUACUGCCAGUGGUCUUAUUGAAGCUGCUAACUCUGCCAUGUUUUCAAAAGGAAAUAGCUGCACAUCUCCUACUGGAUACUUUGGGCGUGUGUGCGAAGCCAUAUCUAACGCUAAAGCAUCGUUUAGUUCAGUUGCAGUAGAAGGUGAACAAGCUGCUUUUAACACAACUAAAGGUAUACAGGUAACUAUGUUAUCUGCUGUAGAAGCACCCAGUGCUAAUAUGUACAGUGCAAUUGGUUACUCAGUUCUUGCCAUAUUAAUUAUAUUAUUGGUUAUGGUAAUUAUUUAUUUAGUUUUACGUUAUCGCAGAAAAAAAAAAUGA